GUGUGUCUUUAUGUUGUUAUCGUUGCAGGAUUUAGAAGCCGUGGAAGGGUGAUUAGGUGCAGCCAAUGUCAGAAGACGGGUCAGGGUGGUGAUGAAGGGACUUCUCUCCACUCAGCUGCUUUGGCUUCUCCUUUCUUUUCACUCCACCAGAAGUGCUGAUGAGCUGAGGCUGGUGGAUGGAGGCAGCCCCUGUGCUGGAAGAGUGGAGGUUAAACACCAGGACCAGUGGGGAAUGGUGUGUGAUAAUGAUGAAACAGAGCGGCAGUAUCAUUCAGUAAUUUGUAGACAGCUAGGGUGUGGCUCUGCUGUUGCAACAUCUGAGGCUUUAAUUUUUGGAAAAUAUUCUGGACUGACAUGGCUCUCAGAAGUUGUUUGUCAUGGUAAUGAGUCAGCGCUCUGGGACUGCAAACACAGAGGAUGGGAAUUGAAAUUUUGCCCUUAUGCUGCUGGAGUACUCUGUUCAGGCCAUAUUAAGUCCCAGCUGGUUGGAGGGGACAGUGUCUGUUCAGGACGUGUUGAGAUAGAACAUGGAGAAAUAUGGGUUUCAGUCUGUGAUGCUGACUUCGAUCUCAAAGCUGCCAGUGUGAUCUGUAGCGAAUUAAACUGUGGAGCAGUGGUAUCCAUCCUGGGAGGAGCUGAUUUUAAAGAACAAGAUGUGCCAAUCUGGAAUGAAACCUUUGUGUGUGCUGGGAAUGAACCACAACUCUUCUAUUGCCCCAGGAUAUCACAUUUGAAUGAGACAUGUUCACAUGCAAACGAUGUCAGCAUUGUGUGCUCAGGAGCUACUGAUGACCUGAGGCUGGUGGAUGGAGGCAGCCCCUGUGCCGGGAAAGUGGAGAUUAAACACCAGGAUCAGUGGGGGAUGGUGUGUGAUAGCGUCUGGGAAAUGGAAGAUGCUAACGUUGUUUGUAGGCAAUUGGGAUGUGGAUCUGCUAUUAGUGUCCAUGAUCAAGAACAUUCUGGUUCCAGUUCUGGGCCAAUUUGGCUGGAUGAAGUUGUCUGUAAUGGUACUGAGUCAUCUCUCUUGGAGUGUAAACAUAGCGGAUGGGGUGUGCAUAGUUGUGAUCAUUAUAAGCCAGCUAGAGUCACCUGUUCAGGUCAUAUUACACCCCAGCUUGCUGGAGGAGACAGUGACUGCUCAGGACAUGUUGAACUAAAACAUGGAGAAACAUGGGCAAUAGUCUGUGAUUCCAACUUCAGUCUCACCACUGCCAGUGUGAUCUGCAAUGAGCUAAACUGUGGAACAGCCAUAGCUAUCCUGAGUGGAGCACAGUUUGGAGAAGGAAAUGGGAGAGUCUGGAAUGAAACAUUCCAGUGUGUAGGAAAUGAAUCUCACCUUGCGUACUGUCCCAGAACAUCUCUUGUGAAUCAGACAUGCUCGCCUGAUAAUGAUGUUGGCAUCAUAUGCUCACGACACACAGGGCUGCGGCUGGUGAAUGGCAGCACAGCCUGCUCAGGAAGGGUGGAGAUCCAGGUGCAUGGUGCCUGGGGAACCCUCUGUGACUCACACUGGGACUUAUCCAUUGCCAAUGUCCUUUGCAAUCAGCUCGACUGUGGAUUUGCUGUAUUGGCCCUGAGAGGAGAAUAUUUUGGAAAAGGAAAUGGCUCUAACUGGACAGACUCACUUCACUGUAACAGUUGUGAAUCCCAUUUGCAUCACAGCUUUGUUACUACCUUUGAGGCUUCUCAGUGCCCACUUGAUGCUGAGGCCAGUGUGGUAUGCUCAGGAAACAGACAGCUCAGACUGGUGAAUGGUUCAGAUCAUUGCGCUGGGAGAGUGGAGAUUUAUUACAAUGGCACCUGGGGAACUGUCUGUGAUGAUUCCUGGGACCUGUCAGACUCCAAUGUUGUUUGUAAAGAACUGGGAUGUGGAUGGGCCCUCAGUGCAUCUGUCUCUGCUCAUUAUGGGGAAGGAUCUGGGCAGAUCUGGCUAGAUAAUGUAAACUGCUCUGGGAAUGAAUCUGAUCUCUGGAAAUGUCCAUCUGGAGGAUGGGGUCUACAUAACUGCAGACACAAUGAAGAUGCGGGAGUUGUGUGUUCAGAAAACAAACAGCUAAGACUGGUGAAUGGGACAGAUCGCUGCUCUGGGAGAGUGGAGAUUUAUUAUAAUGGCACCUGGGGGACAGUCUGUGAUGAUUCCUGGGAUCUUUCAGCUGCCAAUGUCGUCUGCAAACAACUGGGAUGUGGACAAACCAUCAAUGCAUCAGUCUCUGCUCGUUACGGGCCAGGAUCUGGUCAGAUUUGGCUGGGUGAUGUGAAUUGCUCUGGGAAUGAAUCCAGUCUCUGGGUGUGUCCUUUCAGGGAAUGGGGUCAGUACAACUGUAAGGAUCAUGAGGAUGCUGGAGUUAUCUGCUCAGGAAGCAAACAGAUCAAACUUGUGAGUGGGGCAAGUCCCUGUGCCGGCAGAGUGGAAAUUUAUUACCAAGAGACCUGGGGGACAGUCUGUGAUGAUUCCUGGGACCUGACAGACUCCGAUAUAGUUUGCAAAGAAUUGGAAUGUGGACAUGCCAUCAAUGCAACUGUCUCUGCUCAUUAUGGGCAGGGAUCAGGUCAGAUCUGGCUGGCUGAUGUGAACUGCUCUGGAAGUGAAACCAAUCUUUGGAUGUGUCCUUCCAGAGAUUGGGGUCAGAACAACUGUGGGCAUCAUGAAGAUGCAGGAGUGCUCUGCUCAGAACACAAGCAGAUCAGACUGGUGAAUGGUGCAGAUCAUUGCUCUGGCAGAGUAGAAAUUUAUUACAAUGGCAACUGGGGAACAGUCUGUGAUGAUUCCUGGGACCUGUCAGACUCCAAUGUUGUUUGCAAACAAUUGGGAUGUGGACAUGCCAUCAACGCAACUCUCUCUGCUCAUUAUGGGGAAGGAUCUGGGCAGAUCUGGCUGGAUGAUGUGAACUGCUCUGGGAACGAAUCCAAUCUCUGGGCAUGUCCUUUCAGGGGCUGGGGCCAACACAACUGUGGACACACCAAUGAUGCAGGAGUUAUCUGCUCAGAGAGCAGGCAAGUCAGACUUGUGAAUGGAGCAGACCAUUGUGAGGGAAGAGUGGAGGUUAAUUACAGAGGCACGUGGGGGACAGUCUGCGAUGAUUCCUGGGACUUAUCAGAUGCCAACGUUGUUUGCAAACAACUGGGAUGUGGCCAUUCUGUCAAUGUGACUGCUGCUUAUUAUGGGGAAGGAUCAGGGCAGAUCUGGCUGGAUGAAUUAGACUGCUCUGGAAAUGAAUCCUAUCUGUGGGCAUGUCCUUCCAAAGGAUGGGGCCAGCACAACUGUGGACACAAAGAAGAUGCCGGAGUUCUCUGUUCAGGAAGCAAACAGCUCAGACUGGUGAAUGGAACUGAUCGGUGCUCUGGUAGAGUGGAAAUCUAUAAUGACGGUAUCUGGGGGACAGUCUGUGAUGAUUUCUGGGACCUAUCAGACUCCAAUGUUGUUUGCAAACAGCUUGGAUGUGGAUACACUGUUCUUUCAAAUCUCUCUGGACAUUAUGGGGAAGGACCAGGAAAGAUCUGGCUGGAUGAUCUCAACUGUUCUGGAAAUGAAUCCAAGCUAUGGGAAUGCCCUUCCAGGGGAUGGGAUCGACAUAACUGUCAUCACUAUGAAGAUGUAGGAAUUGUCUGUUCAGCUGAUUGCUGUGCUGGGAGAGUGGAGAUUUCUUAUAAUGGCAACUGGGGCACAGUCUGUGAUGAUUCCUGGGACCUAUCAGAUGCCAAAGUCAUUUGCAAAGAGCUGGGAUGUGGACACGCCAUCAGUGCAACUGUCUCUGCUCAUUAUGGGCAAGGGUCCGGGCAGAUCUGGAUGGAUGAGCUGAAGUGCUCUGGAGCCGAAUCCACUCUUUCAGAAUGUCCUUUCAAGGGCUGGGGGCAGCAUAACUGUGGGCAUCAUAAAGAUGCAGGCGUGCUCUGUUCAGGAAGCAAGCAAAUCAGACUGGUGAAUGGAGUAGAUAGAUGUGCCGGGAGAGUGGAAAUUUAUUACAACAACACCUGGGGGACAGUCUGUGAUGAUUCCUGGGACACAUCAGAUGCCAAUGUUGUUUGCAAGGAAUUGGCAUGUGGACAUGCCAUCAGUGCACCUGGCUCAGCUCAUUAUGGGCAGGGGUCUGGGAAGAUCUGGCUGGAUGAUGUGAGCUGCUCUGGAAGCGAAUCCUAUCUUCGGGACUGUUCCUCCAGAGGAUGGGGUCAGCAUAACUGUGGGCAUGGUGAAGAUGCUGGAGUUCUCUGCUCAGGAAGCAAACAGAUCAGACUGAUGAAUGGAGUAGAUAGAUGUGCCGGGAGAGUGGAGAUAUAUCACAACAACACCUGGGGGACAGUCUGUGAUGAUUCCUGGGAUACAUCAGAUGCCAGUGUUGUUUGCAAAGAAUUGGAAUGUGGACACACCAUCAGUGCACCUGGCUCAGCUCAUUAUGGGCAGGGAUCAGGGCAGAUCUGGCUGGAUGAUGUGAGCUGUUUUGGAAAUGAAUCCUAUCUUCGUGACUGUUCCUCUGGAGGAUGGGGUCAGCAUAACUGUGGGCAUGGUGAAGAUGCUGGAGUUCUCUGCUCAGGGAGCAGGCAGAUCAGACUGGUGAAUGGAGCCGAUCGCUGUGCUGGGAGAGUGGAGAUUUCUUACAAUGGCAGCUGGGGCACAGUCUGUGAUGAUUCCUGGGAACUAUCAGAUGCCAGUGUUGUUUGCAAACAGCUGGGAUGUGGCCACGCCAUCAGUGCAACUGUCUCUGCUCAUUAUGGACAGGGAUCAGGGCAGAUCUGGCUGGAUAAAGUGAAGUGUUCUGGAACUGAAUCCUAUCUCUGGGAGUGUUCUUCCAGUAGAUGGAGUCAUAACAACUGUGGACACAGCAAAGAUGCAGGAGUUCUCUGCUCAGGAAGCAAACAGAUCAGACUGGUGAAUGGGCCAGAUCGUUGCUCUGGGAGAGUGGAAAUUCAUCACAGUGUCUCCUGGGGGACAGUCUGUGAUGAUUCCUGGGAUCUAUCUGAUGCCAAUAUAGUUUGCAAAGAACUGGGAUGUGGACACGCCAUCAGUGCACCUGGCUCUGCUUAUUAUGGGCAGAGAUCUGGGCAGAUCUGGCUGGAUGAUGUGAGCUGCUCUGGAAAUGAAUCCAAUCUUCGGGACUGUUCCUCCAGAGGAUGGGGUCAGCAUAAUUGUGGGCACAGUCAAAAUGCUGGAGUUCUCUGCUCAGGAAGCAAACAGAUCAGACUGAUGAAUGGAGUAGAUAGAUGUGAUGGGAGAGUGGAGAUUUAUUACAACAGCACCUGGGGGACAGUCUGUGAUGAUUCCUGGGACUUAGCAGAUGCCAGUGUUGUUUGCAAAGAACUGGGAUGUGGACAAGCCAUCAGUGCACAUGGCUUAGCCCAUUAUGGGCAGGGAUCUGGGAAGAUUUGGCUGGAUGAUGUGAGCUGCUCUGGAAGCGAAUCCCACCUCCGAGACUGUUCCUCCAGAGGAUGGGGUCAGCAUAACUGUGGACACGGUGAAGAUGCUGGAGUUCUCUGCUCAGGAAGCAAACAGAUCAGACUGAUGAAUGGAGUAGAUAGAUGUGAUGGGAGAGUGGAGAUUUAUUACAAUGACACCUGGGGGACAGUCUGCGAUGAUUUCUGGGAUCUAGCAGAUGCCAAUGUCAUUUGCAAAGAAUUGCGAUGUGGACAUGCCAUCAGUGCACGUGGCUCAGCCCAUUAUGGGCAGGGAUCUGGGCAGAUUUGGCUGGAUGAUGUGAGCUGCUCUGGAAAUGAAUCCUAUCUUUGGGACUGUUCCUCCAGAGGAUGGGGUCAGCAUAACUGUGGGCAUGAUGAAGAUGCUGGAGUUCUCUGCUCAGGAAGCAAACAGAUCAGACUGGUGAAUGGGGCAGAUCGUUGCUCUGGGAGAGUGGAGAUACAUCACAAUGGCUCCUGGGGGACAGUCUGUGAUGAUUCCUGGGAUUUAUCAGAUGCUGGUGUUGUUUGCAAAGAACUGGGAUGUGGACAAGCCAUCGAUGCACCUGGCUCCGCUUAUUAUGGGCAGGGAUCAGGGCAGAUCUGGCUGGAUGAUGUGAGCUGCUCUGGAAGUGAAUCCAAACUUCAGAACUGUUUCUCCAGAGGAUGGGGUCAGCAUAACUGUGGGCAUGGAGAAGACGCUGGCGUUCUAUGCUCAGAAAGCACACAGCUCAGACUGAUGAAAGGGCCAGAUCGUUGUUCCGGGCGUGUGGAGAUUCGUCACAGUGACUCCUGGGGGACAGUCUGUGAUGAUUCCUGGGAUCUAUCAGAUGCCAGUGUUGUUUGCAAAGAACUGGGAUGUGGACAAGCCAUCGAUGCACCUGGCUCUGCUUAUUAUGGGCAGGGAUCAGGGCAGAUCUGGUUGGAUGAUGUGAGCUGCUCUGGAAGUGAAUCCAAACUUCAGAACUGCUCCUCUGGAGGAUGGGGUCAGCAUAACUGUUGGCAUGGUGAAGAUGCUGGAGUUCUCUGUUCAGGAAGCAAACAGAUCAGACUGGUGAAUGGGAGAGAUCGUUGCUCUGGGAGAGUGGAAAUUAAUCACAAUGGAUCCUGGGGGACAGUCUGUGAUGAUUCGUGGGAAAUACCUGAUGGCAAUAUUGUUUGCAAAGAACUGGGAUGUGGACAAGCCAUCAGUGCACCUGGCUCAGCUCAUUAUGGGCAGGGGUCUGGACAGAUCUGGCUGGAUGAUGUGAGCUGCUCUGGAAGUGAACCCCAUCUUAAGAACUGCUCUUCUAGAGGAUGGGGUCAGCAUAACUGCGGACACGGUGAAGAUGCUGGAGUUCUCUGCUCAGGAAGCAAACAGAUCAGACUGAUGAAUGGUGCAGAUCGUUGUUCUGGGAGAAUUGAAAUUCAUCACAAUGGCUCCUGGGGGACAGUCUGUGAUGAUUCCUGGGAUCUAUCAGAUGCUGGUGUUGUUUGCAAAGAACUGGGAUGUGGACAAGCCAUCGAUGCGCCUGGCUCCGCUUAUUAUGGGCAGGGAUCAGGGCAGAUCUGGCUGGAUGAUGUGAGCUGCUCCGGAAGUGAAUCCAAACUUCAGAACUGUUUCUCCAGAGGAUGGGGUCAGCAUAACUGUGGGCAUGGAGAAGACGCUGGCGUUCUCUGCUCAGGAAGCAAACUGAUUAAGCUGGUGAAUGGGACACAUCGUUGCUCUGGGAGAGUGCAGAUUUAUCACAGUGACUCCUGGGGGACAGUCUGUGAUGAUUCCUGGGGUUUAUCUGAUGCCAGUGUUGUUUGCAAAGAACUGGGAUGUGGACAAGCCAUCAGUGCACCUGGCUCGGCUCAUUAUGGGCAGGGAUCUGGGAAGAUUUGGCUGGAUGAUGUGAGCUGCUCUGGAAGUGAAUCCCAUCUUAAGGACUGCUCCUCUGGAGGAUGGGGUCAGCAUAACUGUGGGCACAGUGAAGAUGCUGGAGUUCUCUGCUCAGAAACCUGGCUGAUCAGGCUGGUGAAUGGGACAAGUCGCUGUUCUGGGAGAGUGGAGAUUUAUUACAAUGGCACCUGGGGAACAGUCUGUGAUGAUUCCUGGGACCUGUCGGACUCCAGUGUCAUUUGCAAACAAUUGGGAUGUGGACAGGCCACCAGAGCAACUGGGUCUGCUCACUAUGGGGAAGGAGCUGGGCAGAUCUGGCUGGAUGAUGUGAACUGCUCUGGGAAUGAGUCAGAUCUCCGGAAGUGUUCUUCCAGAGGCUGGGGCCAGCACAACUGCAAACAUAGUGAAGAUGCUGGAGUUACCUGCUCAGGUUAGAAUCUGCACGCACUAAGAAGUGAAAAUGGCUCUGGGUUGGUGAAAGGCAAACCUCUCCGUGACUCAGACGAUGAAGAAUCCGAAGACUGCCUCCCUGGAUAAUUAAUAAAGGAAUAACUGCAUUUAGAUAAAGUAGAACAUGAGACCGCAAAUGCUGUAUGAUCAGCUACUUUCUCUGAGAAGAGCUCGGCUCUGUCCUGGUGACAUAAUACUAUUCAGAGAAUCUUAAAUUGCAGGAAACAAUAAUUUAAAAAAACUAGGAAAAAUUGCUACAUUUUAUCAUUUUUUUUCUAUAAUUUUUUCAUUGAUCAAACAGUGUGGAAUUUUCCUGCUUUUUUAUUCAUAUAAUUUCUUCAGUUGAAUUUCUCCUUUUUCCUUAUUAAAAUCUUUUA